UACAUCAGUUACUCGGCACUGAGAUAUUAUGAACAAAAACAUGCCGGUUGCAGUGCAGUCAUGUGCUGAAAGAUUUGCAGCGAACUGGAAGGCUCAGAAUCCUACAGAUAAAGAAGAAGAACAAACUUCGCUUGACGAUAGUUUAACAAAUCUUCAAUGGCUUCAUAGUAUUAACAUUCAGGACAUUGCGCCAACGACUACCUCAAUAGCUCCUUCGCCGAGCCCGUCGUCGAAUUCGUGCGACUCCGACGAUCACAGUGAUUCUAGCGAUGGAUGCAAGGACAUAAAUCGUAAGGAGCCGAAUAUUGAUUAUAAAAGUGAUGCCAACCACAAACCUCCUUACUCUUACGCGACAUUAAUUUGUAUGGCUAUGAGAGAAACCAACAAGACCAAGAUUACACUGAGUGCAAUUUACAAGUGGAUCAAAGAAAACUUUAUGUAUUACAGGGUUGCGGAUCCCACUUGGCAGAAUUCAAUUCGGCACAAUCUGUCACUAAACAAGUGCUUCGUAAAGGUAGCCAGGAACAAAAAUGAGCCAGGAAAAGGAGGCUUUUGGAAAAUAGACCCUGCAUAUGCUGACAUGUUUGUGGAUGGUGUGUUUAAACGAAGAAGAGGUGUAAAUACACAAAAACCUUCAAAGAAAAGUUCCUCAAAACAAUGUAAGAAGACUACAUCAAAAAGAUCAGCAGAUUGUCUUACAAGUCCACUUGAUGAUGACAAUGAACCCUGUGACAGAAAGAAAUAUAAACCUGUAAAAAUAAAGAUUGAAAGGGAUGAUGAUGAUGACUUUUUUAGUGAGGAGGAAGUUGCACCUUUUUCUGGUGGAAUAAAGGAAGAGUUUAGUUGGAUGACAGUGUUAACAAACGAUGAAAUUGAUGAAAGUAUACGAGAGAUUGCAGAUGCCCAUGGAAUUUCAUUUGAGUCAAGUUCAAUUCCAGCAACAGGCCUGUGUGGAUUAAGCACACCUGUUUACUUGAGCCCCCCACCAUCAACAGACAGUACAACCAAUGACAGCUUCCAAGUGGAUCCUGAACUUGACUUGACAAUAAGGGGAGUGGGACUGUUUCCACCCCGUGAAAACCUGGCAACACCGUCACCAACCACCUUAACGGAUACUACACACUCUGUUUUUAACAUGCCACCCUCUCCUCCCUUGAUGUAUGAAGAAGACCACCCUUGGGCAGAAACAAGCAAUGACCUUGUUGACUGUUUUGAGUUAGAUGACAACAACAACAACAGCAUUUGGUAAAUGAACUCAAUUUUUUUUGGUCCAGGAGAAACUUAUUUUGUUUGACUUGGAAUAUUCUGUGGGAGAGAAAGGAAACAAAUUGUGUUAAAGUAUUUAAAAAUGUAUUGAGUUCCUUUUAAUUCUCAGACUGAGACUGGCAAAAAAAUAUCAGUCUAGAUUGAAGACUAACUUCUUCCCAACAGAAUGAUUUAAAAGGAAUGAGAAGCAGUAAGGAGAGUCACACUGCCAAUCUUAAGAACCCAAGGGAGAUUUUUAUAAGUGUCAUUUUACAUCAAGUAACCAGAGAGAGAUAUUACUUAGAUUCAAAGUUAAAAGUUCUAUGAUUGGAAGUCUUAGUUUCUAUUACAAAAUUAUGGAUUGCAUGACAAAUUUUCUAAAGUUGCAAUUGGCUCACUUUCACUUUAUGAAAAGAGAAUAUUGAACUUACAGUGUAAUCUAAAGGAGUUUGUUAACUCAAGGAGUAUGUAUUUUCCAUGAAAUGAAAAUUCUCUAAAGAGAAUAUCUUUGUAUCAUUACAGUCACAAAAAUAAUUGAUAUUUUAAGUUAUUAUUAAAGAAUGUUGCUUGUAAAGCUGCAGUAUUUUUGAAAGUUUGCAUAGAGAAUGUUUAAUUAUUAUUAAUUCAAUUUAGGUAUUACCUUGCUGUUCGUGUAUAUUAGACACAUAGGGUUGAAAAAUUAAUUUAUAGCUUUCAACUGCUAUAUCAUUUACCUCCAUUGGAAGGCAAGUGUUGGUAAUAGUCUUGAUUGUCUAUUACAAACAGUAGUAAGUAUCGCGAAACAGUUUAAGAGGUAUAAGUCAAACUACUGUAUAAAUCCAAAGAUAUGGAUGUGUGUACAUAAACACUUGAAAAAACCUAUAGGGAAAUCUACCUGAAAUAUUUAUGAAAUCAUCAUGUAAUCUGGCGUUUGAUGACUUCAAUGCAAACUGAUAGCCAUUUUAAUUAUAGCAAGAUUACACUUAAAUGAGAAACCAUAUAGUAGUUUUUAGAGGUACACCUGAAUUCACAAAUCAGCCUCAUUAAGGUACCCUGUAGUUAAAUAGGAUCAGCAAAACUAGAUUAGUGGAGUUCAAUAAGGAUAAAGGCAUAGUACAGCUUCUUAAACUAAAGAUUUCAAAACUUGGCAUGCUCAUAUUUUUUGUCCAAGAAAAUAUGGGUUAUACUUAAUUUUAGAAAAUUUCAGCAUACCUUUCUAGUGAGUUCUCUAAAUACACUCUGUUCAAAAAGUAUAGUAAAUACAGAAAACUAGUAAGAAAUAUUUUAAAAUCCAAUUUCCAAAGAGAUUGCUGCCCUAAAUUAUUUAAGGAUACGUAAGUGUCACACUGAACUUGCUUAGGUUUGUAAUAUAUACAUACUUGAGUGUACUAGAAUAACUGUGUGUUUCUUAUCAAUGUGUGAGAAUGUUUGAAUAAAAACUACGAGUGUGAAUUUUGACUGAUA